UUCCUUUUGCAUUCGACGUCUUCUCCUUGGAAUUGCAGCUACUCCUAACCCCAAGGAAAACAACGUUGUACAGAGUUGUCGGACCUUGCACUGAAGCUUUUUGCUUGCUGUCGGAGUUGUCUCUGCGAAACAAGCAUAAUGCUCCACUACGUAUGGGAAUUGGUUCGUCGCACAACGUUGACAGCCGCUUUACUCGUCGUUUUAAUAGGUAGCGAUGCCUCUAUGGUUCAUUCACAAAUUGUAUUCGGAACCGAAAGCGGGUAUGACAGCGGCGGUAUCGAUCCGGUUUGUUGGUUGUCACAGUUCAGUCCAAACAUAUCGGGAGUCGUACCGAAUGAUAUCGAAUCUAUGAAUGUCGGUUUGCAGAAAAGUCCUCAGUCCGUGACUCUCAUGCCGAGCUGUUUUAAUGGCACGCGAUUCGCAGUGUUGCCCUUGGAUCUCGGCGCUGACCGGGUCCUGAUCACCGAACAAAACUAUACAUUCCGCCUGAAUCUUGAGGUCAAUCUGACCGCCAUUAGUACUAACGUCACGGCUGAAAUUUUAGACGGAAAAUCCAGAGUCUUUUUUCGACUCCUCAUGUGUGACGCAAUCCGGGAAGGCUUUUGCGAUCCCCUGCGUGAUCUACAGGGUGCUCGUAUUGACCAGGAAAAUUCGUCAGACGUAACGCAGCCAGUCCAACAGGGUGGGGAGGAGGAGGACGAUAAUCGCUUCGAGUAUAUCCAAGGCGACGCGUUGCAAGCAGUUGGGAAGGGUCAGCUUAUUUUUACCCGGUGGAUCCAAUGGACGCUUCGAGAACUGGAACCAGGUGACGAGAUGUACAGGACGGCCGUGAACAUCACAAUUCAAUUGCCGUCGGCUACUCGAGUUGGAGCGUAUUUUUUCAUUGGACAUGCCGUCAUGAGUUUUCCGUCUGGCGGAAGUGAACUUUAUGAACGAAUUGAUGUUGCGGAUGCUGUUCCAGACAAUGUCGUGCAAAUCGAGAACCCUCAAGUGAUCACCAAGGUGUCUUUUGCUAUGAUUAUCGCAUUGAGUGUGAUUAUCGGCAUCUGCAGUACCAUUGCUUUUCUCAUGCUCCUCUUUGUUCUAUACCACUUGAAUCACACCGUCAUCCGACUCGCGCAAGGCCCUUUCUUGGCGGCUCUUGUGGUGACCUGUUUGGUCAAUAUCAUUUUUACCUUCACGGCCCUGCCUACGAGGAGUAUCUUUUGUACGCUACGCCAGCCUAUGGUGAUCCUCCCAAGUACGUUGAUGGCAUGCAUUUUGGUUGGCCGUAUGUGGCGAGUAUACACAACUUUGUCGACGGCUUUAGGCUUCGGCGGGGGAAGAAUGAAAAGUAUCAACGAUACCAAUUCUGAGGAUAGCUUGUCGAAGGCCAUCGUGAGGUUGCUCGGGUUGCUCGCAAGCGUUGCAUUCUGCUGCAGCAGUCGACCAGAUUCUAGCGGAAGAAACACUCUACGGAGAACCGUAUCUGCAAGGGAAACCACUAGCUUGAUUGUCAUGCUGUUCCUUCCUCAACUCCUGCUUCAGGUUGUGUCUCUGUUCGUAUAUUCGGCUGAUAUUGAAACGCAGUUUGAGCUAUCUGGUGAUAGCGCUCGCGAAGUUUGUGACGGGGAGAACAGGGGCCGAUGGGUAUCUUUGAUCGGUCUGUGUUACACGGCUGGCAUGCACAUUCUGGCAGUAUUUAUAGCGUGGGUUGCAAGAGAACUACCUUCUGCAUUCAAUGAAAAAGACCAGAUUUUCUCCUCUGCUAUAGUGUGUACCAUUAUAACAUUCCUCUGCAUAACAAUGCUCGAAAUUGCCGAUGAUCCCGCGACACCACCAGAUAUUGAGGUUUUCCUUCGGGCACUUCUUACAAUUGGGUGCUCAAUGGCGGUACUAAUCAUUGUGGUUUUUCCGAAAAUGAAACGUGUUCUGAGUGGAGAAAAAGUUAUCUUGACCAACGUUUUGGCUGCUCGAUACGAUCGAUCAUCGUCGAACCGCGCGUCAGCGACGCAUUCGCCUUCAAGUCGGCGACCAACAGUUUUUCUCGCAAAGGAACCUGUCAAACUACAGAAAGAUGACGCAAUGCCUCCGGAGAUGGAAACAUAUGUUCUGGAUUUGCAAACACUGCUGCGGAGUGUGUCCGAUCAGAAUGGCCAAGGGCGACCGCUGAGAGCUUCUCAGUGGAAAAAGCUUCAAGUUAACGUUGCCAAGCUCAAAAUGGAGCUUGACCGAAUUGAUUUGUCCUUACUUGAACAGGAAAAUGAUGGUUGCAGUGACUUGCCUCGAGAUACAAACGAAGAGAGUGGGACGGAUUAGAACUGCCUGCUUUGCACUGCUUCAUGCUUAAAAUGUAUAUUUAUUUGC